CAAUUUCGUGCAAGACAACAACGCAGCACCUCGAACAACCCUUCUGCAAAACUUCUCUGUCUCUCUCUCUCUCUCCAUUGACCGUCGCGAGAAUGGAGAGCCUCUGGCGAGCCGCGACUUUCCAAGCCCCGGACCCCGAGGACUACGCCGGAAUCGAGUUCUGGGCCGACCCGGAGCGAGCUGGUUGGCUCAGCAAGCAAGGCGACUACAUAAAGACGUGGCGCCGCCGCUGGUUCGUGCUCAAGCAGGGAAAGCUCCUCUGGUUCAAGGACUCCGACGUCACCCGCCUCUCCGAGCCACGCGGCGUCGUCUCCGUCGGCCGCUGUCUCACCGUCAAGGGCGCCGAGGACGUCCUCAACAAGCCCUUCGCCUUCGAGGUUUCGACCAAUCAGGACACCAUGUUCUUCAUCGCCGAUUCGGAGAAGGAGAAGGAGGAGUGGAUCAACUCGAUCGGCCGGUCGAUCGUGCAGCACUCACGGUCGGUGACUGAAUCGGAGGUAGUUGAUUAUGAUAGCAAGCGGUAGUGCCUGUAAUCGUUCCUUCCCUCCCUUCCCUUUGCUUGUACAUUAGAUAUAGGUUUCUGUGAUCCGCUUGAGGAAUAUGUGUGUUUAUAGUCGGUGGUUCUCGUUUCUGCCUGCUUCACCCGGAUAAAUGUAAGGUGUCGAUUUUGCAUGUUUUGUUUUGAUAUGUCGUGUCUUUGAUUUUAUCUGUCGAAUUUAAUGCAAUUCAGUUGGUCUCUUAGGCCCCUCUGAAUGAAGAUAUGGUGAUUACCUUCUGAUUUCUGCCAA